GAACCUAAAAUGGUGAGCCAGAGUCAUCCUGAGGCCCUGGCAGCCCCGCCUGUCACCACUGUUCCGACUGUUACACCGAAUAAUGCCACAGAGCCAGCCAGGCCCGGAGAAGGAAAGGAAAAUGCCUUUUCUAAGCUGAAGGAGAAGUUCAUGAAUGGGUUACAUAAAAUUCCACUGCCACCGUGGGCCUUAAUUGCCAUAGCCAUAGUCGUGGUCCUUUUAGUCCUGACCUGCUGCUUUUGUAUCUGUAAGAAAUGUUUGUUCAAGAAGAAAAACAAGAAGAAGGGAAAGGAAAAGGGAGGAAAGAAUGCCAUUAACAUGAAAGAUGUGAAAGACUUAGGGAAGACCAUGAAAGAUCAGGCCCUUAAGGAUGAUGAUGCUGAAACCGGAUUGACUGAUGGGGAAGAAAAAGAAGAACCCAAAGAAGAUGAGAAAUUGGGAAAACUUCAAUACUCAUUGGAUUAUGAUUUCCAGAAUAACCAGCUGCUGGUGGGGAUCAUUCAGGCUGCCGAGCUGCCCGCCUUGGACAUGGGCGGCACAUCUGACCCGUAUGUGAAAGUGUUUCUGCUGCCCGACAAAAAGAAGAAAUUUGAGACAAAAGUCCACCGAAAGACCCUCAACCCUGUCUUCAAUGAGCAAUUUACUUUCAAGGUGCCGUAUUCAGAAUUGGGAGGCAAAACCCUCGUGAUGGCUGUGUACGAUUUUGAUCGUUUCUCCAAGCAUGACAUCAUCGGGGAAUUUAAAGUCCCCAUGAACACAGUGGAUUUCGGUCAUGUAACUGAGGAAUGGCGUGAUCUGCAGAGUGCUGAGAAGGAAGAGCAAGAGAAACUGGGUGAUAUCUGCUUCUCCCUUCGCUAUGUACCCACUGCUGGCAAACUGACUGUUGUCAUCCUGGAGGCAAAGAACCUGAAGAAGAUGGAUGUGGGUGGCUUAUCUGAUCCUUAUGUAAAGAUUCAUCUGAUGCAGAAUGGCAAGAGGCUGAAGAAGAAGAAGACAACAAUUAAAAAGAAUACACUCAACCCCUACUACAAUGAGUCAUUCAGCUUUGAAGUACCCUUUGAGCAAAUCCAGAAAGUGCAAGUGGUGGUCACUGUUUUGGACUAUGACAAGAUUGGCAAGAAUGAUGCCAUCGGCAAGGUCUUUGUGGGCUACAAUAGCACCGGGGCUGAGCUGCGACAUUGGUCAGACAUGCUGGCCAACCCCAGGCGACCCAUUGCCCAAUGGCACACCCUACAGGUAGAGGAGGAAGUUGACGCCAUGCUGGCCAUCAAGAAGUAAAGGAAAGAAGCCUUUCUGCAUUUGCCCACAUAGUGCUCUUUAGCCAGUAUCUGUAAAUACCUCAGUAAUAUGGGUCCUUGCAUUUUUCCAGCCA